GACAGAUGCGUGCAGAGCGCUCGUGACGCCCGAGGAAUCAGUCUGAUUCAUAACUUUGCAGGACGAUGGAUGGCAAAAGCGAAUCAGGUGAGAGAAGAGCAGCCUGCCGGCCGGCCAAACCUCGGGCCAAACAAAGCACGUGAACGAUGGGAUAGAUCAUUGUGUGUGCUGUCUGCGUGUGAAUGUGUUGUCAUUCGGUCUGUCUGGUGCAGAUGAGUGAAAUGGGAACCAGGGAUGAGAUGCUCAAACAGAUUCAGGGCUAUCAGACCAAUCAGGCGAGGGUACCUAAUCGGCACACUCACCUCACUCAUUCAGUGCAUCCGUCGCUCAUCGGUUGCUUUGUGUUGUUUGUGUGUGCUGUGGUGUGCAGGUCAACAGUGGCAUCGGCCGACUCACUCAAAUGGACACCUCUGCGAUCACACCACUGGUGCGGCCAGACUGCCACACACAGCACAAAGGCCUCUGUGUCAUGAUGCUCUCGUGUGCUCUCAUUCACUCAUUCAUCAGAUGGUGGCCAAUGUCACUCGUCAACUCGCCAAUGAAUCGGCCCGUCUGGCCCAGCUGGCGGACAGCAUCGACUCGACCAUCGCACUCACAACACACACCCGCACUCAGGUGAGAGAGAGACCACACAGUGACACACACAGACACACACAGCUGCCUGUAUGUCUUUCUGUGUGUCGUCAGGCUCGGCGGUUGCACGUGACUGACAUUCCCGCCGGGCCGAUGAGCAUCGUCCUGGCAUUCUCUGACCUCACGACCGUCGGCCGCUUCAAGUCGACAGCCCGCCACUUCAGAAACGCCCUGCGGCCCAUCAUCCGCAAUAUUCGGCUGCGGAGGGCCAUCGAGUGUGCGGGGGUGUGGGCUGUGGUGCGGUUCGACGAUCAGCUGAGCCACGGCGAUGUGAUGAAGGCCAUGUGGGUGAUGGAGGAGGAGGGCGAGGCCGGCUGGGUUGAGGCGGCUGACACGCUCAGACUCUCCGAGCAUCUCGGCUGUUGCCAGCUGCCGGUUACUGUGGGUGCUGGAGAUAUGCAGACACACGCCAGCAAGGCGGUAAGCACGACACACAGAAGAGGCAAUGGGAAAGCUGCUGGAUGUGUCAUUCAGGACUUCUUGGCACUGCCCCGCUUCUGUGCGCAGUGGAUGCUCGUCGGUCGCAAUGUCGUCCUCCGUCGCCGCACUGGCCAACAAGACGGCACACUCCAGCUCUUCCGCCAUAACCAUGAGAUUCGCAUCAUCCACAACCAACCCGGCUUCGCCAUCACCCUCAACCCGCCCCUCCCCCACCCCAACCGCCCCAUCCAUCCCUUCUCACAGCACCCCUUCCAGCAACACGCCAAGCCACACGACCCGCCCGUCUGUCAACGCAUUGGGUGGGAUGAUGUUGUAGGCUUGGUGGCGGUAGGUGCCCACGACUGGCGCGCUUUCUCAUCGGCGAGCUCCAUGCUGAAGAGGCUGAUGCUGAAUUACCGGGUGAUGGUUGGGGACGGCAUCUCCCAUUCGCCAAUAGUGGCGGUAGACCGGUGAGUGGAUGGACGGCAGGUCGCCUGUACCAUAGCAAAUAGCCUGUGCUAUGUGUCAAAUGUGUGUGCAUCAGGAGUGUGUGUGGUGGUUAUUUGGAUCGCAUCGUGACACAAUCCCCUCACACGCCCCUUGACGAGUGCUCACACGUGACGGCAUACGAGGCGGUCGAUGGGGCCUGUGUGUAGUCGCAUCGGCUGACAUCAUCGUACGACCCGUUCAUGGCAUGGGUUGCCUUUCGCACCCCUCCAGGCACCAACCAGAACGGUACGCAUGCGUGUGAGGGAACGAGAACCCCACAACACGUGUUGUGUUGUGCCAUCCUGUGGCCUCCUCUAUGGCUGCGUGCAAAAGGCAUCUUCAUUCGUACCACCGAAUCGCCAGCAGCAGGUGUGGCCCAUGACGCCCCAUUCGCCCACCGAUUCCCCCUGACGGCAGCCAAGGCGAGGCCCGUCCUCGGCCCCAUCGCAACCAUCGUCCUCGACGGCCAGGCACUCUAGACCAUGAUGUAGGCAUUGUGCGGGUGUUAUUGUGGGUUCUACAAGCUGACUUGCUGAACGACUAGCGUCACGGGGGACACACAAGUAGCUGACUGUCUGUCUGGUGGUAAGGUGGGUGGGCGGACUGGGUGCUGCAUGAUGGACAGACAGAUGCGUGCGUGCGCAAGGUCUGGAUGUGACGAAUGCGUGUGUUGAGAAGAUUAUGCGCACAUCAUGUCAAUCGGUCCUUUGCUUUAGUCUUUUUUCUGUCCGACAAGCUAUA